AUGCCUUCGCAGGGAGUGCUGCCUUCGCAAGGGGUGGUGCCUUCGCAAGGAGUGUUGCCUUCGCAAGGAGUGCUGCAUUCACAAGGAGUGCUGCCUCCGCAAGGAGUGCUGCUUUCGCAAGGAGUACUGCCUUCACAAGGAGUACUGCCUUCGCAAGGAGUGCUGCCUUCACAAGGAGUGCUGCCUUUGCUAGGAGUGCUGUCUUCGCAAGGAGGGCUGCCUUCGAGAGGAGGGCUGCCUUCGCAAGGGGUAAUGCCUUCGCAAGUAGUGCUGCCUUCUCAGGGAGUACUGCCUUUGAACGAGUGCUGCCUUCCAAUGAGUGCUGCCUUCGCAAGGAGUGCUGCCUUCGCAAGGAGUGCUGCCUUCGCAAGGAGUGCUGCCUUCGCAAGGAGUGCUGCCUUCGCAAUGAGGGCUGCCUUUGCAGGGAGUGCUGCCUUCGCAUGGGGUGGUGCCUUCGCAAAGAGUGCUGCCUUCGCAAGGAGUGCUGCCUUCGCAAGGAGUGCUGCCUUCGCAAGGAGUGCUGCCUUUGCAAGGAGCGCUGCCAUCGCAAGGAGUGCUGCCUUCGCUAGGAGUGCUGCCUUCGCAAGGAGGGCUGCCUUCACAAGUGGUGGUGCCUUCGCAAGGAGUGCUGCCUUCGCAAGGAGUGCUGCCUUCGCUAGGAAUGCUGCCCUUCUAAGGAGAGCUGGCUUCGCAAGGAGUGCUGCCAUCGCUAGGAGUGCUGCUUUCGCAAGGAGGGCUGACUUCGCAGGGAGUGCUGCCUUUGCAGGAAGUGCUGCCUUUGCAAGGAGUGGUGCCUUCGCAAGGAGUGCUGCCUUCGCAGGGAGUGCUGCAUCCGCAAGGAGUGCUGCCUUCGCAAAGAGUGCUGCCUUUGCAAGGAGUGCUGCCUUUGCAAGGAGCGCUGCCAUCGCAAGGACUGUUGCCUUCGCUAGGAGUGCUGCCUUCACAAGGAGUGCUGCCUUCGCAAGGAGUGCUGCCUUCGCAAGGAGUGCUGCCUUCGCAAGGAGUGCUGCCUACGCAGGGAGUGCUGCCUUCGCAAGGAGUGCUGCCUUCGCAAGGAGUACUGCCUUCCCAAGGAGUGCUGCGUUGGGACAGAGUGCUGCCUUCGCUAGGAGUGUUGCAUUCGUACACAGUGCAGCCCUCGCAAGGAGUGCUACCUUCGCAAGGUGUGCUGCCUUUGCGAGGAGUACUGCCUUCGCAAGGAGUGCUGCCUUCGCAAGGAGUGCUGCCUUCGAUAGCAGUGUUGCCUUCGCAAGGAGUGCUGCGUUCAGAAUGAGUGGUGCCUCCGCAAGGGGUGAUGCCUUCGCAAGGAGUGCUGCCUUUGCAAGGAGUACUGCCUUCACAAGGAGGGCUGCCUUCGCAAGGAGUGCUGCCUUCGCUAGGAGUGUUGCCCUCGCAAAGAGGGCUGCCUUCGCAAGGAGGGCUGCCUUCGCAGGGAGUACUGCCUUCGCUAGGAGUGAUGUCUUCGCAAGGAGGGCUGCCUUCGAGAGGAGGGCUGCCUUCGCAGGGAGUGCUGCCUUCGCAAGGGGUAAUGCCUUCGCAAGUAGUGCUGCCUUCUCAGGCAGUACUGCCUUUGCAACGAGUGCUGCCUUCCAAUGA